AUGGACUGUUCUCCAGACAGCUCCCUUGUAGUCAGCAAACCCCAUCCGCAGGACCCAUCCAGAAAGAUAAUUACCAUACUGACAAAACAAAGAAAGGUUGAAGUCAUACCAGAUCCAACAAAACUUGAAGUGAAAGUUGAUGGAACGCCCAUUAGUAUGCCAACACAUCCAGACAUUGUUACGUUACACAAGGACAGUAGAAGGCCAGUAGUUUUGAAGAAAAUUAGAGAUGACAAAAUAGAAGUAAAACUACCACAUGUUGGCUUGUCUGUUGUUUCAGAUGGAAAGAAAGUUUCAGUGAAGGUUCCACAAACAUACUGGUCAAAACUGUGUGGUGUGUGUAGUAGCUUAGAUAGCAGACCAGAAGACCUCAAUGGACCACAGAAAGUUCGAUACUCAGACCCACAACAAGUUGCCUCUGCUUACCUCAUACCAGACAGCCAGUGUGAUCCGCUGCCAGUACAGAAGUCACUAGGUGUUCCAGAAAUAAGAGAAAAAUCUAAACAUGUGCAACCCAUCGAAAAAACAUUGACAAAGCAGAGGAAAAUCAAUGGCAUACUUAGAACAUGUUUCUCAACCAGUCCUGUGAAGAAAUGUCCAACAUUAAGUAUUCCAAAGGGUGUAGAAGAUCACCUUGUUUCCUUCUAUUGUCUGCGAUCCCUAAGCUCCAAGGCAGACAGAUAUCUUGAGAUCACCAAGAGUCGCAUCUUAGAUGAAGUAAGAGACAAGAGACCUGAUAUGAAUGAAAACAUUCCAAUGCCAACACACUGUAUAAAACAAUAA